CUAGCGGUGGUCGGCCUAGGCGGUAUCGGAAAGACGCAAGUCGUGCUGAGCUUUGCGUAUGCCGUAAAGGAACAGCAACGCGAUGUGUCGAUCUUCUGGGUGCCUGCAGUAAGCGCAGAGACUUUCGAGCGGGCGAUGGGAGAGAUCGCAAAGGCGCUUGGGAUACGAACAGCAGCAGACAAGAGUGAAGAGGUCAAAGAAGUUGUGAAGGCAUACCUAAGCGGAGCGCAGGCAGGCAAGUGGCUGCUAAUCGUCGACAAUGCUGAUGACAUGCGUGUCGUGGAAGAGCUGCUGCCGUACCUGCCGCACAGUGCUGCUGGGUCGGUAAUCUUCACGACGCGGACGACAGCGGUCGCGCAGCAGCUGGUCGGUAGCAACACAAUUGAGCUAGUCAAAUUGCAGCCGGACGAAGCAAUCCAACUGCUGACGCACGCAUUGAAGCACAAGGAGGUCUUGCAGGGGACAAGCGCAGUGACCGAUUUCUUCGAAGAGCUGGACUAUCUUCCUCUAGCAAUCACGCAAGCAGCGGCAUACAUCAACAUCAACACCAACAUGUCGAUCGCCGAAUAUUUGAGACUGAUUCGGGGCACCGACGACGACAAAGUACAUCUGCUGAGCAAGGAGAUCCGCGACCACACGCGCUACGAACAAUCGAGCAACGCGGUUGCACGGACAUUGAUAUUGUCCUUUGAGCAGGUUCAAGAACGAGACUCGGCAGCGGCGGACCUUUUGCGGUUCAUAGCAUGCAUUGAAUGGAAAGACAUCCCCCACUCGAUUCUUCCUGUAAUACGACCCGAGGCGCGAAUGCUCGAAGCGAUCGGUACACUCUGUUCAUAUGCAUUUGUCAGCAAGCGGACGGAUGGGAUGGCGUACGAAAUGCACCGGCUCGUCCAUCUAGCAAGCUGGUUAUGGCUGCGCGAAAUGGGCCA